AUGCCCAAACCUAAUCAGACUCGCCCGCUUGUCGACAAAGAUGUACACUGCAAGCGAAAAGGACUUCGAAGAAAACGGCUUCGUUCCAGCGCUACGAGAACAAUUCAUUCCCCCACCUUGAUUGCUUUUCUGAUCGCAUCUCUCAACGCAAUGUCACUACCAGCCAAUGGGUUCAUCCCAUCUACUAUCUCCCGCUCUAUAUCUCCACCACGGCUUUGUGCUGCAAGAUAUUCAGAAGCAGAAGCUGUCCUGGCCUUGAAACCAAAGGCAUCCAUUUCACAGGAAAAGAGAAGCGAGGCCAUGAAGGCUAUGGAAAAAAACAAUGUGGAUACUGCGCUCGAAGGAGUGGACGCGCAGGUGUUGGAAAUGCUGUCUGAUCAGUUUCUUUUCCCUGGGAGCAACGUUUCCCAGAAGCGUAAAACCCCCCAUGGGCGUCCCGAGUCAGUUGCUGGGGCAAUGAAGUAUGAAACUAUUCUAAAGCUUCGAGAGAAGAAUGAACAAGCAAACCAGUCGGGCCGCAGUUCAUCGAAUUUUCAGCUUCGGGAGGCAGUGGAGAAAACAGCUGCAACGAAAAGAAGCAUAGUUAAAGGAACGAGCUCAAGCUAUGCAAGCAAGGAUCUCCCAGAGAGCAAAGACUCAAAAUCAAAGACUCCGAAACGGAAACGAGUAGUCAAAAAUCUUCCGAAGAGAAAGGAGGAGCCAAAGGUAGUCCAUCGACGACGGAAUCUUGGAAGAGGAAGGACGAAGUUGAACAAUCUUGAGCUCCAGAAGUAUUAUCAAACCGAACUCUUAUCGGCCGACGAAGAAUACGAUCUUGGUGUCAAGGUUCAAUUGAUGACGAAAUGUGAGCAAGUGCAUGAAGGAUUGGCGCUCAAGUUUUUGAGACUUCCCACACUUGAGGAAUGGGCCAAGGCUUGCGGGUAUUUGGGAGAAGACUCCACGAAAGUACUCCAGAUUGAUAUUAUAGAUCAUAUAAGACCCGCCGGCAGUGAAAGUAUCUUUGAUGUCGUCGACCCAAAUAUGUUUGUUGGAAACGGCCUUGCAAAUGACGCUGGUCCUGGAAGAGGGCGAGGACGAGUGAAGAAACCACCCCCUGUCGUACUAGAUAGCAUUUAUGACACGAAAGAAGGCGAACGGGAUCAACGUAAGGUCCCGCUUAACAAAGGAUCGACUUCCGACUUCGUGAACAUGAUGCUCGAUGCAAAAGAAGCCAAGCAAUUGAUGGUGCAGUCGAAUAUGAGGCUUGUCGUCAGCAUUGCAAAAAAAUAUUCGAAUGUCGGUGUUGGUUUGCAAGAUCUGGUUCAGGAGGGAAGUCUUGGACUUUCGCGUGCAGCAGAAAAGUUCGACCCUUCAAAAGGAUUCAAAUUCUCGACGUAUGCUUCGUGGUGGAUACAACAGGCAAUCUUCCGUGCUAUUGCGUAUCAUUCAAGAACCAUUCGCCUUCCAGUGCAUGUUCACAAUCUCCUGAAUCGAGUAAGGAAACUCAGAAGCGAGUUGGAGCGGGACUUGGGACGUCAACCAACGAACGAAGAAAUGGCUGAGUCACUUGAAAUGCCUUUAGAAAAAUACAACAAAAUGAUUCAUCUUACAAGGAGAUCCAUAUCGCUUGAGCUCCCAAAAUAUAAAAGCAACCCAAAGGAUCUUGGUCACGAGAGUGACGAUUUGAUAUGCGACACAAUCUCUGGUGGACAACUGCAUGAAGAUGAUUCGAACCCUGAACGGCGUGUUGACAACGGUCUGUUCCACGAUGAUCUUCAUGAAAUGCUUGAUAUUCUGGAAGAAGACGAGCGGAAUGUCAUUCGCUAUAGGUAUGGACUCGCUGAUGGAUUGACCCGAACAGUAACAGCGGUAGCAGCACAAAUGAAACAAACGAAAGCUUGGGUUAGAUCUCAAGAAUGCAAAGCACUUCGGAAACUACGACGGCCGUGGUAUGAAAAGAAACUCAAGGAGCACCAAGAAGCUCUGUCUUGUUAA